GUAGAGGUGCUGUGCUCUUUGUGGUGCUUAGUUAAACUUGUAAGAAGUUCCUCAGGAGACUUAGUUAAUCCUACACCAUGUGUGAACAAUUUUUGGGAACUUGGAAGCUUGUUUCCACUGAAAAAUUUGAUGACUAUAUGAAAGAACUUGGUAAGUAGGAAGCAAUAUUUUUUGUGGGUUUGGUUAUGAUGCUGAGUUUUUUGCUUUAGUUUUCUUAUGUGUGAAAAUCCUUUUUUCCCACCCACAUUGAUAACUAAAAAACAAAUUAUCAGCUGCUGUUCUGCAAGUAGUUUUCUAUAGUUCUGAAUUUAACAUUAAGUUGCUUUGUUUACUGGAUUUAGACUUCUUUAAUAAAGUGAGAGUCUGGAUGGAAUGCUGUAACUCAAAUCAAGUUGUUGUUGCAUAAUCCUAUGCAUGCUUGUUAAGCAGGUGCCACAUUGUUAUUUUGAAUGAUUUCCAAGUAAAUUGCAUGGUAAUCCUAAAGAAGCUUAUUAAGUAGUAAGACCUAUUGUAAGCUCAGCCCAUUUUCCACACAAAGGCUACAAGGGUACUAUUUUUAUCUGUUAAUUUUUGUGUUUUUUAACUAGUACUAGAAAAAGGUCUGUAACACGGGACUAUUCAAAAAAUCUACUUAAAGUGUUUAUAGUGCUAGGCCAUUUUUUAAAAAACUUAUUGAAAUCCUUUUUACUCAUUACCAUUUAAUCAUGUUGCUGAACUGAUAGCUACCUGAAUAGUGUUGCCACUAUUUUAGCAGCGGGAUAUCUAGAAAGAAAAGCCAUAAGUGCCGCUUGCCAACAAAAUAUUUCAGUGUGGAGUGCUUCUCUUCAUGAACCAGCUAAUCUGUGGUGUUUCCCCUCCUUUUCCGCUUGCUUUUAAACUGUGCCCGCUGGACAUGCUCAGCCCCCAAUGGUCUGGGGGGUGGUUCUUCAUGGGUAGGGGGAUAUUGAAGUACUGGUAGCCAGUUUAGCUACAUCGCUCUUUGAUUUCUCUGUCCAUUUUGGGGUUCAUUUGAAAGUAACUUCUCAGAAAUGAUAUAUCCAUCCAAUGAGGUGGUUUUCCUCUAUCCUAUGUACCCAGAUGUGAUUUUCAUCCUGUUCUCCAUCAGUUCUAUUCUCCCCCGCCCCUGUUCAGUCUUCAGUCCCCCCCCCCCCCCCAUUUCUGAGCUCAACUGGUAUUUUAUGAGCAGUAAACACGUUCAGUCCUCAUUGAGCUGGGUUUUUAUGGGGGUGGACCCCCUAAGUCCCCCCCCUAAAAAUACUUUGUGUUUCUGCAACCAUUGGGAAGGUUACCAUGAGUUCGCUGAUACUCUCCUCUUAUUCAUGGGUGGUGUGGUUUUGACAACAGAAAGGCCAGCAUACUGGAAAUGGAUAAAUGGAUAGUGGCAAGCACCGUAAAGCAGGGAGCAUGGUUUAUGUAGUACAUAAAUGAAACUCUGUAAUUGGCUACCAUCUUUUGUUUUUUAUUGCAUUUAUAUCUCCAAAGAACUCAAAAGUGGUAAACAAGUUUUCCCCUGAGAUGUGUCACUGGCCACCAGUAUGGGACUUACCCAUGCUUGCCUUUCCUCUGCUCUUUCUAGAAGCGGUCCACACUUUAAAGUUUCAUGUCCAGACACUCUUUUUUUUGCUCUGGAGCUUUCUCCGUGAAGACCCACUCUCUAAAGCUGAAUUGGAGCAAACUGCAUUCCACGGAAAACCUGAAUUGUCAUUUGUUGCCCUUCAGCUUUAAAGAGAGGCUUUUUGCGGGGAAAGCUCUGGAAGCAAAAGAAAAGAAGAGUGCUGGGACACUGAGCUUUAAAGAGCAGGAUAAAAGGGGAUUAGGCACGUUCAUGGAGGAGAAGGUUAUCAAUUGCUACAAGUCAUGAUGGCAAUAUGUUACCACUUCAGAAGGUCACAAUGGUCAUCUGAAUAUGUCACUGGGAAACACAAGCAGGAAAUUGCUAUUGUGCACACAUCCAGCUUGGGACUCUUGAAGGCACAUGACUACUGUAGAACAUGGCGUCCUGGUCUGGAUAGAUGUUCGUCCUGCACUAUCUCAAUACCACAGCAUGGGAAUGCAUAACACUUCACUCUCCAUUUUGCCACCAAUGCUCUUCUCCUGAAAUAGUUUUUCUCUCGCUGUUUCUUCCAGUUACACUCUGCCCAGAGGUAGACCCCGGUGUGUGUGUGUGUGAAUAGUUGCAGAGAAGGGAAGCUUGAGCAGGACAAAUGUUUGGUUGCCCAUGCUGUGCUUUUAAAUCUUCCCCACUCUUUCCUUAAAGUUAUCCUUCAGGACCUAGCUUGGGAUGUCCCACUGCCCUGACUAGUUAACUGCCUUGAUCUUCAGACACCCAGCAGCUUACGCUGAGAGCUUAACAGUGUUUCAUUUGGCUUCUAGGUGUGGGCUUUCCCACCAGGAAGGUGGCUGGUAUUGCCAAGCCCAAUGUGAUCAUCAGUUGCAAUGGAGAUGUUAUAACCAUCAAAACAGAGAGCAGUUUAAAGAACACCGAGAUUUCCUUCAAACUGGGGGAACCGUUUGAUGAGACCACAGCAGAUGACAGGAAAGUAAAGGUAUGUCCUGCUGUUUUCUUAAUUUAUUUGAUCCGAGUCUUGGUGGUGCAGGAUGGAUAUCACUUGAAGUGUGGUGUGGGAGGUGGAGUGGAUCUGAAAGAUCAGAUUUGGAUGGACUGAUUUUUCCAUCUGAAUGUGGAGGAAGAGUUUGCCCAAGGUAUCAAGCAGUAGUUAAUGGUCAUGGGAACCUUUGGUAUGCACUUCCAAGGCCAUGGAUGGGGAACAUUUCUUAUCUUGAGGGCCCCAUUCUCUUGUCAACGACUGUUUGGGGGCCAUGUUCUAGGGGUUGGCAGGGUCUAAUGGAAGAGCAUUGGAGGUGGUGCUGAUUUUUGUCUAGUGGGCUACAUUCCAACCACAUGCUCUCUCUUCCCUUAUUUACAUAUCUCUACUUUCUAUCCAGCCAAGCAAAAAGCUUUGGUACCACCUUGGCUAUCCCUGGUUUAGCUUCUGGAGAGGUGUGCUUUGGCAAUCACUCCAUGGUUUGCCAGUUCAUGCAUUGGGUGAAACCACAAAUAAGCUGCUUAACUACAGUUUAACAUGAUUUAGGAUCCACUAACCAGAUAGUCACUCUUUUCUUGGCAGAGUAUUGUAACAUUAGACAAUGGGUCGCUCAAUCAGUUGCAGAAAUGGGAUGGCAAAGAGACCACAAUAAAAAGAAAAAUAGAAGAUGGAAAGCUGGUUGUGGUGAGUUCAUUUUUUCCCUUGUAUCUAUAUUGCAAUGUGAAAGUAGAAAUGGAAAAAUUAUGCACUAUCGCUAAUGAAAGGGAGAGAUAAAAAUGGAAGCAACGAUGCAAUCUAUACCACAUGCCAUGCAUGGUGACAGAAGAGCUUAAUAGGUACAGAAACUACUUUUAAGGGGGCAUGGAAUGCAAUUGCUCAAACAAUUUUUUACAUCAAAACAGCACACUUUGAUGGCUGCUCCUUGCAGUCACUUGUAUUUGGACAAUAUAUAUGUAAACAUGGUGUUUCUCAUUUUAUGAGAGCCAUGAUACAUAAUCUGAUCCAGCAUUUCCUUGCAUUUGAACCUAAGGAAACAGAAAUGGGAAACAGCUAAAAUUCACUCGGGACAAACUUUAAAUCGAACAAUAUGCUGUUAUGGUUUAAGACAGCUGCAAAUGUUUGGAUUGCAACUCACAUCAGCCCCAGUCAGCAUGGCCGUGAUAACUGGGGCUGAUGGGAGCAGUUGUCCAAAACAUCUGGAAGAUAUCAGGUGGGGGAAGGCUGGUUCAAGGGCAUCACUCAAUCCCAUUUUUAAGUGCCAUUGACUCAGUGAUAUUGUUAAGAAUACGUGUUAAUUGGAAUCAGUGGGCUUAAAUGGGCUUUGAUGAAGUAGGUAGUGUUCUGAAUACCAUUUUUGCAAGUGUAUAGACACAGGGUCAGAUGGAAAAGGUAGGUUGUUGGAAGGCACUGGAAAUUAUGAGGGAGUUUCUGUUGCCAGCUACAGCGUAACUUCCAGAUUGGAUUACUGCAAUGUGCUCUAGGUGGGGCUGCCCUUGAAGGCAACACAGAAAUUUCAAAUGGUCCGAAUUUUAGAUUACUGGCCGGGGUCCACUUGGAAUUUGCAAAAAACAAACAAACCUGUUUUGAAACAGUUUCAUAAGUUGCCAGUUGUAUUCUGGGCCCAAUCCAAGGCACUCACAAUAGUAUUUAAAGCCCUUAACUACUUAUGCUCAAAAUAUCUGAGAGACUGCAUCCUUCCCUACACACCAUCUUGGAUAUUAAGAUAAGCAGAGGAAGCCCUCUUGGUAGUUCCACCCCCUUCAUAAGCCUGGGAUGUGUGGUAGGCCCUGAGUUGUGAAAUUCCCACCUCACAGAGAGGUACACCUGGCACCUUCGCUACACAGCUUUCAGCAGAUGCUGAUGAUGCACCUAUUUAGCCUGGCUUUAGAAAUGUGAGAUGUGUGCUUUCAGGACCCACCCUGUCCAAAUGACUGUAAUUUGUUUUAAUUGUUUUUAAUACUGAAUUUUAUAGUGCUGUAACCUGCCUUGGGACCUACUGGAGAAGGACGGGCAAUAAACUUGGCACUAAUUGAUGGGCUUAUAAAAUCCAUCCUGUUGAGUAAAGGGACAUAUUCCGUGACCAGUACCUACAGGGUUUCAAACGAUCUCUGCAAUUGCCAGGACACAGGUUUUAUAAACAAACUGAUGACAGUUUUUAAUACUGGGGUUUAAUUGUUGUAACCUGCCCUGGGACCUUAGGGUGAAAGGUGUGUUGUUCUUCCCAAUAAUGGUUUACGAUGAGUAGACAAAUAGCUCCCUGCUUGCCACCCCAAUGUGUAGGAUCUCAGGGGUGGGGGACAUCAAGUAUUAAUGGCAGUUACUUCAAAGAUGCUACAAGGGUGCUAUCCAAGACUUUGUGCAAGAGGAAUCCCACAGACACACAAGCGGGUUGACCAGCUUGCAGGCGUGAACUUAACCUCCAAGUUUCUUUGGCUGUUGUGCUGGUUGUCAGAGCUAUCCAAACAUACUGAACUCUGCACAUGUCCAUGCAUGUAGACUACCAGCCGUAGGCAUAGUUCACAGAUUAAGGGAGACGCCAGGUAAUUGGAUGAAACAGUGGUUGAUACUGCCAGUCAGCAUUAAGGUACAGGGAAAUCUGGGCACCUCUCUGCCUAGCUUCUCUUCUGUCAGGGUGUAUCUCUUUUUUGCACCGAAAAAGAAUCCAAAUUAUCUUCCAGGAAACAUGCUCUUCUUAUCUCCAAAUCUCUAUCAGAGGUUGGGAACCUGUGGGUCCUCCAGAUGUUGUUUGAUUACAGUUCCCACAAUCUCAGAUUGUUGCUGACAUCAGAAGGGCCACAAGGUCCCCAUCAACACUGUUCUCUAUAUUUUGCCUUUUAUUAGGAACAUACUCAAAAGCACUAGUGAUAACAAACGUAGAAUACCAGGACCCAGACCUCCAAAGCUUUACAGCUCUAAAACUGUGCUUUGAAUUGAGUCCCAAAAUAUGUUGGGAGAGGUGUGUUGUCAAUAAUCUAUUGGGCAACAAAUUAGUGGCUGCACUUUUGAAGCUGCUGGAAUUUUCUAGACUGCAUUUUGGGAAGUCUGACAGAGAGUAUAUUAAACUAGUGCAGCUUAGACGUCAUCGUGGCAUAAAAACAACUUACUGUGGCUUAUUCUGCCUCUGCAUGACAAUCAGUUAUACAUCAUUUUCUUCAGGGUUUGAGGUUAUUGGGGGAUGGAGAAUCUAAUUUUGGGGGCCAAUGGAAAUCUGUGAGAAGCAAGCUACUGGGGCUCAGGAAAAGCUUUGGAUUUUCUGGGGUUCUGGCCUGACCCCAUGCUUAAGGUUUAGAACAAGCACUUUAAAUCCAGAACGAUCUCUUAGUGAGUACUGACUUCCCACCUGCAUUUGGAAUGUUAAGUUGGUUCCCCACAAAAUCACUUGUUGUGUUCAGCAUUUGACAUUCACCAGAACAAGGCUCCCUUUAUAUGUGGGGGCAUGGAAGCUGCUGCCAUGUAUACAAAUAUGUGCACAGCUGUAAGAUGCUUGUGAAUGAUGUAACAGUGGUCACCAGUGAGGUUGCCAGUUGGUGGUGUGAAAGAUCAUGUGAUUUCGGCCAGGCCAAUUUUGCUGUGUCAUUUUGUCAACAACUCUGACUUGUGACCUGCAGAAGCAUCUCUCGUACUACUGUGGCUGCAUCUGAAUGGGGGCUUGUUCUCUAGUAAUCUAGUUCUGGUCCUCCUGCAUUUACAAACACCAUAAGGGAUGUGAACAGGAGAUGCUCCAUACUCUGAUAACCCCCAGAUUAGACCAUUGCAAGCUGAUUUAUGUGGGAUUCCCCUUAAAAGCUGUAAGUGCUGCAGAACUUGCAGUGAAUCAUCUGUAUUGGUUGCCUAUUCUCCUCCAAGCCUACUUCAAGAUGUUUGUGUUAGUGUUUAAAGCCCUAAAACUUUGGCCUCAAAUGUCUGAAAGAGCAGCAACAGCCUGGAGAUUAAGAUAAGCAGAGAAGGCCCUCCUGGAGUUUUUGCUACUCUCAAAGAUUUAGAGGGUGACAACCUGUGAGAGAGUCCUCUUGGCAAUGGCCCUCAAAAUGUGGAACUCCCUCACCACAGAGGUGCAUUUGGCACAAUCUUUUAACAACAAAUGUUGGUUGCCAAAGAUGAACCUCUUUACCUGUGCCAUUAAGAACUGAGUUUGGUAUUCUACCUGUAAUGUGUGUUAUGGAUUAUGAUUUUAAGGUUAUGGGUUUGGGGUUUCUUACUGUGGUUUUUUAAUGCUGACACUUGUCCUGGGAUCUUUUGGUGAAGGGCAAGUAAUAAAACAAUUAAUAAUACUGCUGUCUUAGCUAAAGUCAGACUGCUUACUCAACUCUUGGCAUUCUUGUAAAUCUUGAAACUUUUCACCUCAACAAAUACUUACCGGUAUUUGAACAAUUGAACACUUGAGCAACUUGUCUGAAGUUGCUUGUAUGAAAAGAAUGGAUUCUGUGAUGUACUGAUUCUCCUGUCUGUUACCUCCUAGGUGUGUGAAAUGAACAACGUUGUCUGCACCAGAGUGUAUGAGAAAGCAUGAAGAUAGACUCCUUCCCCUGUGUGGUUAGUGGGACACAGAAGCAGGAGAGUUAGCGGUUCGGGAUGCAGAGCCCCACAAGGCAGUUGCUUUCUCCAAAGAACUGAUAUGUUAUUGAUAGAACCGUUCCAAAGAACCUGUAUACAGUAUUCAAACUAAAAGUAUGGUGACUAUUCAAUAAAGUGCUUAAAGAUAAAGAAACAAUGUUGCUGUUUUUU